CAGAGAGAGAAGUAAGCAGCUCCGCCGCAGUCAGACCCCGGAGUCUCCCACACGGCACCCAACGGUCAGAACACUGUUACCGCUGCUGUCAUCUGGACACACUUUCAGCUGUGCCCCAAUUCUCCAGAAUUGAACAUGUCAUCGUAUGCAGCUGCCAUAUCAGCCCUUUCCCUUAGUCCACCUGCUGACCCGGGGACAGUGGUUAGCUCUAAACCUUCCCUCACCCCAGGCCCUGUCAUUAUAAACCCACCGGCUGUAGAUGUAUACACAGCUGCAGCUGAAUUUGCUGGAUUUUAUGAUGAACAGCAGGAGAAUCCUGAUGACUACUGCAUAGGUGGCUACUGCCCUGUGGAAAUUGGAGAGAUCUUUACUGAUCGUUACCAAGUGGUCAAGAAGUUGGGAUGGGGUCAUUUUUCCACUGUGUGGCUUUGCUGGGACAUGGUGAAGAGACGUUUUGUGGCUCUGAAGGUGGUGAAGAGUGCUGCGACAUUCACAGAGACCGCAUUGGAUGAGAUCAAACUUCUGAAAUGUGUGAGAGACAGUGACCCGAAGGAUCUUAAACGUGAAAGAGUUGUGCACCUCGUUGAUGACUUCAGGGUCUCUGGUGUUAAUGGUGAACAUGUGUGCAUGAUUCUGGAGGUGCUUGGCCACCAGCUGCUCAAGUGGAUUAUCAAAUCCAACUACACCGGCCUCCCUCUGCCCUGUGUGAAGAGCAUUCUCAGCCAGGUUCUCCAGGGUUUAGAUUACUUGCACACUAAAUGCAAGAUUAUCCACACAGACAUCAAGCCAGAAAACAUCCUUUUGAGAGUGGAAGAGGUUUACAUUCAGGAACUGGCAGCCAACACCAAGUUGUGGCAAUUGCCAGUGUCCCCUGUUCCUACCAGCUCCUCAGUGAACAGCUGCCCAAGAGAAAAACAGAGUAUGUCCAACAUGUUGGGGAAGUUGACUGGGGUUCUCCAGACUUUAGGGGUGUGGACUGGCAAAGUCACCAGGGGCCAGAUUAACAGACUAACAACAAAGAAGAAGAGUCGACGAAGAGAUGACAGUGUAAACGACCACAGUCAAACGGACCGACCUCAUGCGUCAACCUGUGAUGUCACCACCUCCUCCGGUGCCCCCAGCUCCACCAAUCCUUCCUCUAAGCUUCCUCGACCAGGACAUGCCUUAAGCAGAGAGACCUCAGUGCUUGAAAAGGGACUGGACAUAGCUCCACAGACAGAACACAGUCAUCAAGAUGUAGUCUGUUCACGGCCAGUCCUUGCUACGAAUCAUCUUCUCUCGGGGUCUAGAUCCGUUUUGCUCCAUCAAACCACAGACAAAGACCCACAUCCCCCAUCACUGUCCGCCUCAUAUGGUGUUGGUGAGUCAGGUCUUUUAGUGAACCUGUUGAAGCCCCAGAAUGCUGAUAAAAUCUCCAUUAAGAUCGCUGACCUAGGAAAUGCCUGCUGGGUGCACAGACAUUUCACUGAAGACAUCCAGACAUGUCAGUACCGCUCCGUGGAGGUCCUUAUAGGUGCCAACUAUGGUACGCCAGCCGACAUCUGGAGCACCGCCUGCAUGGCGUUUGAGCUGGCCACAGGGGAGUAUCUGUUUGACCCCCAAGCCGGAGACACUUUCUCCAGAGAGGAAGAUCACAUUGCCCAUAUUAUUGAACUACUGGGACCGCUUCCUUCUGAGUUUGCGCUGUCAGGGAGAAAUUCCAAGCAAUUUUUUAACCACAAAGGACAACUGCGGCACAUCUCCAAGCUGAAACCAUGGAGUUUGUAUGAGAUCCUGCUGGAUAAGUUCGAGUGGCCACAAGAACAAGCCAUCCAGUUCAGCUCGUUCCUCUUGACCAUGCUGGAACUGGUCCCAGACAAAAGAGCCACUGCUGCCCAGUGUCUCAAACACCCCUGGAUCACCUCCUAGACAGACAGCUUUCAUCUUGUCUGCAGCUUUUCAACUGCUUUUCUACUGGGGGAGGGAGGAAGCAUGGACAUGUUCCUGGACAUAAUGAUAGUUGUGAAAUUGAAAUUGGACUUGUCAGAAUCGUAAUCUGAUACCAGCUCUGUGACCGCAGAUUUGGAAAAAAAAAAACAACGUUUAAUGCAAACCAAAUAAUAUCUCACUUGUUGUAGAAAUCUCUUUUCGAUCUAUUCCAAAGGUUUGCUUAGCCCAAAGGAAUAACUACUUACUUCAGGAUUGAGUAGAUAUACUGAUACACUGUUUAUUGGAAGCUUACACAGAAGUAGACUGGUGAGUUACAAUAACACAUUCAUAGCCUAGUUCUGAAGACCCACGUCUGCCUAGGGUUUUUUUAUACUGUCUUCAUAGACCAUCGGGCAUAGUAUCUAUAUGUUAGCAAACUUAUCUUGGUACAACAGACAAAGCAGCCCAGGGUGGCUAGAUGUCAUAUCUGAUCUCAUUCAAGUUCUUCCAUGUCCCAGGCAGAAGUUCAGAGCUUAUCAUCUCUCCUCGCCAGGGCCCACCACUCCUCACGUUAGUCCAUAGUUAGAGUACUAAUAAAACAAUUAUGAUUAUUAAACAUAAGUAAAAGAUGGUACAUAUUCAUAAUUUCCUCACACAGUUAAUAGUACUGAUACCAGCUAGAUUAUUUGGUGUGCAAGUAUUCUAGUGGCACUCAUGCAUUUGUCACAUCAAAUAUUGCAGCAACAACCAAUAUGAAACGACACCUGCCAUGGCAGUGCCUGCUGACACGGACACUUUAAAUUUCUGCUUCAAGUUUUCCAUAGUUAGUUCUGAGAAGGGUAAAAAGAGACAAUACAAACUUCAUUUAUACAGCAAAAGAAAAACAAUGAGGGUACCAGAUCUCUUUUACAGAGGUGCCCUGUGCACACAGCGUACAACUAGGAACACAUGUGAAACAAACUGUAUUUAAAAAUUUCCAAAAAAAGACAAUACCAAAUAACUAUAAAGUAUAAGAAAAUAUGGUUAAAAUCAAUGAAUGGAUGGUAAAUAGAUAAGUCAAUAAUUAUGCAAUGAGGUAGAUUAAUCGGUCAAUCUGGAUAACAUGCAAAAACAAAAUUAAAAGGUUCGCUUAAGCCUUUAAAUUCAAUAAAAGAGACUAGAC